UUCAGAAGUGGUAUCGAAGGAUGAUGACAAUCAUGACAAUUUGGCUAUUUUGCCUUUUGAGAUUCAAGUGAAAACUCUGGAAAUCUUGAAGACUCUAUGGCAGUAUCAAGAGGCGAUGUUGAAAGUUUUAUUCGCAUGGUACAUGCAUAUUACGCUAACACUGCUGAUAAGCAACACCAAGAUAGUAUUGGAUGUGAUAUCACCCAUAUUUUAUCUCGAAAGCUUGACAGAGAAGCCAGGCGCUUAAAGAAAGGACUUGAGUAUUUAGGAUUACCGGGAACUCGAAAGUAUACUGCACAGUUGCCAGUUCAAACUUUAACUAAUCACUAUCAUAAGGCUUCUCCUUUUUCAUCGGGUCCAACUUCUCCUACCAUGAUGGCAUCAAGCACUAUGAGUCUAUAUUCACUUAAUGGACAAAAAAAUGACUGGAAAGUCGGCAAUGCUUCGACUAUCUAUCAGUAUGAACAGACUAUUGAAGAAAUCAAGUCCAAGCAUAUCAAAGAAAUGGAUCAAUUAAAGAAAGAAAAUCUGAUUCUACUAAAAGAAAUCAAGUCAAAAGACAGUCAAAUACAAGACAUGAGAGAAGCGCAUCAAUACCAGCUUUCAGAUUUGCAUAAACAACUUGGACUGGCUCGAAUGGAUUUUGAAAAAAGAGAAAUUUCUCUAAAACAAGAAUACCAAUCUUUGCUUGAUUUAGAAAAAGCAAAAUACACUCGUCGAUUGUCCCAUUCACACGAACGGCUUGAUGCUAAAGACAAGGAUCUAGCAGAACUGUCGUUCAAUCUAAUGCAAAAACAAGCUCAAAGUGAACCCAAUUCACCCACAGAAGUAGAGUCGCUUAAAAAGGCAAUUACAGAUCAAGACGCAUAUCAACUUGUGAUCAAAGAAUUACAGCAGAAACUUAAAAAUACACAUGCAUAUUAUUCGCUCAGUCUGAAUGAGUUGAAAGAAAAGCAAAUUGAAACUCAAGCUCGUAUUGAUAACUUGAUAGCUGAGCAGCAACAGCAUGUAUCAGAAAUAACUGAUUGUUUAGAGAAUGAAAAGCAUGUGUUGCAAAUUGAGCAUCAAGCAGUUCUUCAUGGACAAACGCAAAAGAUAAAUGAGAUUUCUCAAGAAAUUCAUGCACUCGAAAACAAAGUGCAACAUUUGGAAAAAAUACGUGCAGAAGUCAAUAAGAAAUAUAUGUUUAUAUAUUGAUAGCUUCAUAAAGAACAAAAAGUUGCUAAACAUAUUGCAAAAGAGCUACUCUCUUUUUCCAAUGAACAAGGUGUUGUCUAUACAGACGAUCUAAUUGAUUUGUUAAAGAAUACACUUGAUAGUAUAGCAAGAAACAAAAAUAUACAGCAAUCAACAACUUUGGGUUACGAUCA